GGUUAAUUGAAUUCAAACAUACAUUUUUAUUUGUCAAAUAGAUCUUGCAUAUCCCUCUGCGACUAAGACAUUGAAUGGGUGAUACAAAAAUUAGCUGUCAAAAUAAAUCGUGCUUUCAUUUCUAAUUUCUAUUUAUCGAUUAGAUUAGGAAAAUGAUUAAACUGUUUUCAUUAAAACAACAAAAAAAGGAUGAAGAAGGUUCAGCAAGAGCAGGGGGUUCACAAAAAAAAGCGUCAGCAGCACAGUUGCGGAUCACAAAAGAUUUAAAUGAAUUGAAUCUUCCAAAAACAUGCAGUACAGAAUUCCCAGACCCUGAUGACCUGCUCAACUUCAAACUUAUCAUAUGUCCAGAUGAAGGUUUCUACAGAGGUGGCAGAUUUGUAUUUAGUUUUAAGGUAGGACCAAACUAUCCUCAUGAACCGCCCAAGGUGAAAUGUGAAACUGCCGUGUAUCACCCAAACAUAGACUUGGAUGGCAAUGUGUGCCUGAACAUACUCAGAGAAGACUGGAAACCAGUGCUCACGGUCAACUCCAUAGUUUACGGACUACAAUAUUUAUUCUUGGAACCAAACCCCGAAGACCCACUAAACAAAGAAGCGGCAGACGAGCUCCAAAGCAACCGAAGACUGUUCGAGCAGCAUGUCCAGCGAGCCAUGCGCGGCGGCUACGUCGGCUCGUCCUACUUCGAGCGGUGCCUCAAAUGAACGACCUGUAAAUUAAUGCUACCAACCCUAUAAAUAAAACAAUCUCACUUUA